AUGGCAGUGCCCAGCCUCAGGCACCUAUGGUUGCCGGCGCAAGCCGGCACCACUGAUCCAGAAUACGCCAAAGAGAGUUUGGUGGCACUGCAUUACCCAACAGUUUACAACUCAGAUUUCAUUUCGUCAGAGGAGCCUGACAGAGGCAAAUGGGGCCUACAAAGCACUUUUUCAUGAUUCUUAGAGAAACAGUGGUAAAACUAUAUUAGCAUAAUGAAAAAUAAUCCUGUAGAUAAAGACAAGAGGAAUAUUACUCGUUCUCUUACUUCAGGCACAUGCAGUAGGAAUUGGACCAGCUGAGCGAAAUCAGAUUGUUGACAAGCACAAUGCCCUGCGAAGAGGAGUGCAGCCACCGGCAAGCAACAUGCUGAAGAUGGUAAGCAAGGAAGAGGCCCGAUUCAUGUAGGUCAGGGGCCUUGCAAAGGCUUUCCAGGGAUACUACACCUCCUUGCAGGCAGAAAACCUCUCAUAGAUAGGACUAGAUUCAACAACAGCAUGAAUGCCACUUACACAUCGUUUUAGAAAAGACAGAAGAGGACAAAAAGUGGGCACAUAUUUGCAUAUCAUCAUUUAUGCGUAUGUCACUAUUCCAUCGUCCAAGCCAUGCUCAAUGCAAUUUACAUAAUCAGAUAAAUAUAACAAAAUUUGUCAUAAGCAAAGAAUAAAACACAUCCAGACAUAUACAACAAAAUUAAAUAUUCCCCACAUAAGUCCUAAUAAGAUCUAAGAAUAAGUAUACAAAAAAACCCUCACGGUGGUGGCAGCCGAGGUGGUGGAGAGAGAACCCAGCCAGCCAAGCUAAGGCAGCGGGGGGUGGGGCAGCAAUGGCGUGCUGAAGUGGCCUGAGUGGGUGUGGGGUGAGCAGGGAAGUGGUGUGGGGGUGGCAGUGGUGAAGGUCGGCCUGAGUGGGUGGGGUGUGUGCCCCAGAUUUAGGCUAGAAGAAGUUGGAGGGUAUGCUAUAUAGUGGCUGGAUCUACACACCUCAAAAAAGCAUUUCAGGAAAACGUGUUGUAAACCUCAUAAUGGGAAAUCAUGUUGGCGAAAGAUGGAAUUCCACAGUGUCAUCUGGGGUCACAGUGUUAUAACACAUUUAAAACACUUUUUCUGUACUAAUGUAGCUGAGUCCAAUGUGUCCUGAGUUCUGUGGCCCAAGGCUCACCACCACAACUUUGCCUAAACAUGCAGACUUUACUCCCCCAGCAAGCAGCUGUGGCAGGUGGAAUGGAGGCUGUCUUCUGUGAAAAGGAAGGGGCGCUCCUGGCAAGAGAGGUGUAGGAGGAAGGAGAUGGGGGAACUCUCAUGUCAGACAUGUAGGACCGCCGCCCCAGAAGGAAACAUCAGUGUCUCUAAUGUACACCAGGGCUUCACUAGAAGUGGGACAAGGCUACAAUGCUCACGUCAGGCUAAAUUUGACUUGGAGGGAAACACACCAAAGCACAAGAAAUGGCAGCAUAUGUUUGGAAUAUGAAUAACAUUGUGCAUCCAUAGAUUCAAAGCCCAGUGGUUGGGGUGCCCUAGAACCCCAGUAAAUGGUAAUGUGUGCACAUCCCAAUGAGUAGCUGAGAGCACCUAACUCACCAUCUUAACCAGAGUUUGAAAGCGGCUAGGGAUUUGGGUGGCGUUCUGAUCUAAACCACUGAGCCCCUUGGGCUUGCCAAUCUGAAGGUCAGCAGUUUGAAUCCAUGCAACAGGGUGAGCUCCCAUUGCUCUGUCCCAGCUUCUGCCCGACCUAGCAGUUCAAAAGCGUGCCAGUGCAAGUAGAUAAACAGGUAUCGCUGCGGUGGGAAGGUAAACGACGUUUCCAUGUGCUCUGGUUUCCAUCACAGAGUUCCGUUGCACCAAAAGCAGUUAGUCAUGCUGGCCACAUGACCCAGAAAGCUGUCUGCGGACAAAUGCCGGCUCCCUCAGCCUGAAGGUGAGAUCAGCGCUGCAACCCCAUAUUCACCUUUGACUGGACUUAACUGUCCAGGGGUCCUUUACCUUUUUUACCUUACUAUCGUUAAGCAUGGCUGGCAUGAGUCAGGCAAAGGUAAUGCUAAACAAUGCUUAAGAUCAUCCAGGGACUGAGGUUGGUUACUGACUCUAGAACAGAACACAUGAAAUUUUGAAGAAAUCAGAGGUAUAUGAUGUUCUCCAUUUUUAGAGUAUGUGUCCAUUCACACAUUUACUACUUUUUUUUUCAUUUAGAGAUGGAAUUCAGCUGCUGAAGCGAAUGCAAAACGCUGGGCAAGCAACUGUAAAUUUGUUCACAGCCCAAGUAACCAAAGAGUUGCCGGCAAGUACAUCUGUCAGUAAGCACUGUGCAAAAAAUUGAGGGUGAUCUAAAAUCUAACCCACAUCUAAUAUACAUUCACAAUUGUUGCACUGACUCCGCAAUUGUCAUUCUGAGCAUAAUAUUAAAAAUACUCGAGGAAUCCCACAGAAAGAGGCACAAUGGAGAGGAAUGUUCCAAUUCUCCCUAACAUCUGAAGUGAGAAUUCCACAUGCCAUUCUCACCAGCCAAGCUUUGCCUCGACGCACACUGUGUCCACCUGUGAUACAUAUAACUUUUUAAGCACAGAGGACCAGUACACUGCAGCUUCCUCCUCCCUCAGGUGUUCGAAAGAAGGUGAAACCUGAAACAUUUUGCUUUUGAACUUCAAUAUCUCUGCCAUGUUAAUCACAGUAAUGGAGGGAAAUGGAGAUGAUAGAUAGAGAUAGAGAUGGGAGAUGAUGGGAGAUAUUGGAGAGAUUGGAGAGAUUGGAGAUUGGAGAUUAGAGAUUGGAGAUUGGAGAUUGGAGAUUGGAGAUUGGAGAGAGAUAGAGAUAGAGAUAGAGAUAGAGAUAGAGAUAGAGAUAGAGAUAGAGAUAGAGAUAGAGAUAGAGAUAGAGAGCGAUACAAUAAUUCAGUGGCAAGCAGUGAAAUUUUUCAUAGGGAAAGUUAAGGUAAGAGGUGACAGCUUGCAAGGGCAAUUGGGGUGAUGUUGCAUGUGUGACAUUACGAUGCCACAAUGUCACACACGUGAGCAUUGCACCUCCAUCCCUAAGCUGGGCAGAAGCUUCCUGGGCUUUGAGAAGGAGGCGCCAGGCCUCUGACAAGAUGCCAGGUGGGCUUUGGAAAGGGCUCUUGAACUCUUAUGCCUAGUCCACUGACCACACACCACUGCAAUAAUUCUAAAACCCCCAGAGAGCGAGUGCCUUUUAGAAAAGACAUUUACAGGCAAAUAUACACGUGCUAACAACAAAACAGGUGUACCUUUUGCUUUAGAAUAAUUAUUUUGCAUUCAAAUGUGAGUAGCUUUAACCAACUAGCUAACCAGACAGAUUUGUGAGUGGGGGGACAAAUUCUGCUUGGAUAAACAAGCUUUUACCUGUUGCAGCAUGUUCCCCUGAACAUUGCAUGACUCCUCUUGUUUACAGAAUUUCCUAGGUCAGGAAUCACGAGUUUUGUUAAUGCUUCCCGUCUCCACUUCUAGAUGGCAUCUCAUGUGGUGAAAAUAUAUAUGCAUCAUCUCACCCUACUCCAUGGAAUGACGUGAUUCAAGCUUGGUACAAGGAGGUGAAAGAUUUCAAGUACGGUGUUGGAGCAGUUCGUCCAGGGGCUGUAACUGGCCAUUACACUCAGGUAACUCAAACACCGUUUUGUAUCUUUGUCAAGCGCAUGGUUCAGCUAGUCAAUCCAUGCCUGAUAGCCCACUUGCAUCUUGGCUUGCUGCUGCCUGGAACCUCACAGAAGGAAGGAAGAAAGAAAACCGAGAAGAGGUGGGUUUUUCCCUCAUAUUUCACCCAGUACUUUUUCCAUAUUUUUCACACAGAAGUUCAGAUAAUGGAUUGUCUUUAUCUCUGCUGUGCCUUUCUUUCUGUUUUUUCUUCAGAUGCCAUUCUCAUUCACAGCUUAUUCAAACUUCCUUUCCCUGAGGGGAAAAAUGAGGUUGCUUCAAUUAGACACAACACAAAGUGAUGAUAUUUUGGUUGUUUUUUUAAAAAAGCUGUUAAAUGUAUGUUUUUUCCUUGCUCGGCAUGGAAACAGAUUCCAAUAUGUUUUCUUGUGUGGAUGUUCUUAUACUUACAGGUGGUUUGGCACAAGUCUCACCUCAUUGGUUGUUAUGAUGCCCAUUGUCCUCAAAGCAGCAUGAAGUACCUCUACGUUUGCCAGUACUGUCCUGCGUAUGUAUUAUUUAUUUAUCUGUUUGUUUGUUUGUUUGUUUGUUUGUUUGUUUGUUUGUUUGUCUGUCGUUUGUUACCCAUAGUCUCCAAAGGAUUUAUGUUUCAUAUCAGUUUUCCUUUUAUAUAUUACAAAAAAAACCAGAAACCUGAAUAAAAGAACCCUCAUAAGAGCCACAGGACGCUUGGGCUAGUACAGUAUUAACUCUGCAUUUCAAUGGCUGCCAACCAACCAGAAAACAAAAACAACAACGUCCUUAUUACCUUUGGGCUAUUUGCCUAAAAAAAUAAGGAAGCAGCAGUGGAUUUAUUUUUUUAAUGACAAAGUCAAAACCCCUCAGAAAAGAAUUUUCUGACAUUUUAUGGAAACCUCCACACACACACACCCCGCUGCCUUUGGAUCCUCCUAAAUAGUUGAAGACUUUCAUUCCGGAAUGUUCAUUGCACUGAAUAUUCAGUGAAAUGAACUCCCUAACUUCACCACCAGGGUGGAUCCAGUCAGACCUUAACCAUAUCAAGUUCCUUAUGCCAGCUCUAAAAUCCUGGGGAAAUCCCGUGCCACCCCAGAGAAUAUUUGGCAGAAAACCUCCAUUUGCCACCCACAACUAGUAUAGAGAUUCUGGGAGGCUUAUUUCAUUCAGCCCAAUUUUUUCCUUGUUCAUAGGAGCAGUCACAGUUAUCAUCCUCAGGAGAAUAGGCAGGGAAGUCACAAAACUAGUGACUUCCCAUUCACAAAACAUAGAUGUUUGUAACCCAGAUUACAUACAAUUGCAUUUUAAGGUUCCGUCUUAUAUAAUUUCAUCCUCUUUAACAUGUUUCUUAAUAUAUUCAGCUAUUUUCUGACACUUCAAACCCCAAUGUGGUCUUUGCAUAUGGGGAAUAACUUCUUUAAUACAGUGGUACCUCGGGUUAAGUACUUAAUUCAUUCUGGAGGUCUGUUCUUAACCUAAAACUGUUCUUAACCUGAAGCACCACUUUAGCUAAUAGGGCAUCCUGCUGCUGCCGCGCCGCCGGAGAACGAUUUCUGCUCUCAUCCUGAAACAAAGUUCUUAACCUGAGGUACUAUUUCUGUCUGUAACCUGAAGCGUAUGUAACCCGAGGUACCACUGUAGACUAGAAAGGGUUUCCAGUCUUCUUUAAGGAUUUGAAAUCUGUGUCUCUUAUCAGUGCUGUCAGUUUUGCCAUCUCUGCGUAUUCCCAGAUUUUCACCAACCAUUCUUUUUAGAGGGUGUUCCCUCCUCCUUCCAUUUCUGUGCAUUGAGAUUUCUGUGCAUUGCCAUUGUAGUCACAUACAUAAAUACCAUUGAGGCUUCAUUUGGGAUUUUGCUGUCUAGUAUCCCCAGUAGGAAGGAUUCUAGCCUCUUGGGAAAAGCCAAUUUAUUUAUUUUUCUUAAUUUCAUUAUAUAUCACGUCCCAAAAGGCCUUCGCCUCCCUGCAAGUCCACCACAUAUAAUAAAAUGACCCCUCACAGUCAUUACAUUUCCAACACUUAUUUGAUACAUUUUUGUACAUUUGAACUAGUUUAUUUGGGGUUAAAUAUUAUCUGUAUAUCAUAUUGUAAUAAUUUUCUUUUAAGCCAUAAAAUGCUGUAAAUUUCAUUCCUGUUUUCCAAAGCUCUUCCCAGGCAGCCAUAUCUAUAUUAUGUCCAACAUCCUUAGCACAAUUAGUCAUUGUUAUUUUAACCAUUUCAUCCUUUGUUUCCCAGCCUAACAAUGAUUUGUACAUGUUAGAAACUAAUUUCUCAUCAUUGUUACGUAAACCUACUUCCAAGUUUGCCCGGACUUUUUCAGUUGAAGAGUGAGUUGGCCAGUCUCCUUUUUCCUGCAUCUGACUAGAACAAUAAGCCAAUAUAUUUGGGAGGCAGAAGGAGUUGCUGCCCCUCCUUCUCCCUGCAUCGCACCCUGGCAGCUGAGGGUUCAGGCCUGCUCAGCUUCACCGCAUGGCUGUCUUCCCUUGCUGGGAAGAGGUCUCCUUCUCCCAGCUGGCCAGUCGCUCUGGGAGGCUGACUCUGUUUGGCCUUGUCUCCACCCGACUCAGCCAAAGCCCCAAUCCACCUGAAUGAGCUGAAUUCAUUUUAGGCUUGGAGCUUCAGCAAAAUCCAGCGUGCAACCCUAUUCCUCACAUUCAUUUCAAAAAUGUAUGCACUGCUUGUCAAAAAACAUCCGAGCAGUUUGAACAAUAAAAUUAAGGAAAAAUUAAGAACAAUAAUUUACAGCACACAAAAGGUUAAUACAACAGUAGACUAAAGGAACUUUCUAAAAAAUAUGCAUGAAUACUUUUCUAAUUGAGAACAGAAAGCACAAAUGUAUCCCUGUUUGUUUACUUCUUAUUUAUCUUAUUUAUCAUUCCAGAGGGAACAUGAUGGGAUCACUUCAAACCCCAUAUAAGUCUGGGUCACCUUGUGGGGACUGCCCUGGCUCAUGCGACAAUGGAUUAUGCAGUGAGUAGAAAUAACUUCAAAUAUUAUCAUAAUGCCUUUUUGUACUUUAGAAAGGGCACUUAAUAAGAAUGGAUCCCAGUAAAUUUGAUGGAAGCUUAUUCCUGAGUAGAUGUGCACAAGAUUAUAGACCCCAUAACCUUCCUUAUUCUGUAGGUGGUUGCAGGAUGUCUGUGUAAAUGUUCUCAUGACCUGCACAUCCACCCUUACAAACAUGCCCAAUUUAUUCUGGGUUACAGCCGGGAUUGCUAAACUACUAAUUCAGUUCCUACAUUCAUUAAAACAAACUGCUAAAUAAUGUUUUACGUGUUCUUCUUUUUCUUUUAAACCACCUUCAGUUUAAGCUCCACUAUAUCAACUAAAAAUGAAAGAGUCCCUGGAGUUUGAAUCCUUGGAGGCAUUUUGCUUUUGUUAACUCUGAUGUGUUCUUGUCCUUUUCAUUUUCAGCCAAUCGUUGA